AUUAAAUUAUUUAUAUCUACAACGCAUUUGCUGAAAUAUUCCAAAGAAGCAACUAAUCUAUAACAGACAUAUAAAACAAAAAUUGAAGGAAACACCGAACCCCCACCAAAUUACACUGAAAUGACUGAUCCUCGACAAGAACCAUACCAUGUACCAGCACAACUCACAAUGGGUCAACAGCAGUACAGUCCUCCGCAACAACCACCUAUAGUGCAAUACCCACAAACUCAGCAAAGUAUUGCAGUAUUUGAUGUACCCAACGUUCAAGCGGUUUCUAUACCAAACUACGCCGUUUUGUCUUGGCUAGCUUGUUUAUUAUGUUGUUGUCCAAUUGGUAUUGCAGCUAUCAUUAAAUCCAGCGAGGUAAAUAGGGCACUUGCUGUCAACGAUGUUCCACGUGCUUACAAAGCGUCAGAUGCUGCUAAGAAACUCGCCAUUGCUGCCAUCAUAUGUGGUCUCAUUCUUAUACCAAUUUCAGUGGUGUUGCGGUUAAUGUAUACACCAAAAGCCUAGUAAAUGUAUCUAAAUGUAAAUAUUACGAUACAACUUAUGAUGAAAUAUUGAAUUAUAGAGAAUGCAUUUUAAAAGUCCGGAGUGCAAUCACGUUGACAAUAUGGUCAAGAGCCUUACCGUGUAUACUAUAACAACAUGGGCUAAUAUAAACUAAAAAGUCAUUUAGAAUUUGUUUUUAAUCUUACAUACACGAAACAAACGACUUUAUCUUUUACACAAUUAAAAAUACAAUUUUUACCCAAGAAUGACACAGGCUUGGUUAUGUCAUUAAAGUAUCUCCUCUU